AUGGCGAUGAUGAGGAUAGAUUGCGUUUGCCACAUCACAGCUACUGCUACUGCUCGGCUUCCGUCUCUCUACGACGGAACACUUCUUCGCCGCCGCUCCCUUCGUCUCCGAAAUGGCAGCUCUCGAGAGCGAAAGCUUCAGCUCCGAUGCGUCUCGGCUUCUGAUUCGUUGCAGUUUGAUUUCUCGCCGCCUCCAAUCGACCACGAUCUCCUCGAUACAAUUAGUGUUGCUGGAGGGAAAGUCUCAGAGGAUGGUAUUGUUGAGAGUUUUGAUAACGACGAUGAGGCCUUGGAUGCUUUUGAUAAUGGAGUAGUGGUUGUAGACCUCUCACAUUUUGGGAGAAUACGAGUAAGUGGAGAUGACCGCGCUCAUUUCCUUCACAACCAAACUACCGCAAAUUUUGAAUGCCUUGGUGAAGGAGAGGGAUGUGACACUGUAUUCGUUACCCCAACAGCACGGACGAUUGAUAUUGCACAUGCUUGGAUCAUGAAAAAUGCAAUAAUGUUAACAGUUUCUCCAACGACGUGCCAAAGCAUAAUUGAGAUGCUGAACAAGUACAUAUUUUUUGCUGACAAGGUAGAGAUCCAGGACAUCACCAAGAAGACUUGCUUAUUUGCUUUAGCAGGACCCAAAAGCAAUGAAAUUAUGUCGAAACUGAAGCUGGGAGAGCUUAUUGGGCAGCCAUAUGGCAAGCAUCAGCAUUAUAGUUUUGAUGGAAUGCCGAUAACAGUUGGUGUCGGAAGUCUUAUCUCAGAUGAAGGCUUUACCAUGUUAAUGUCACCAGGUGGUGCUGCUUCACUCUGGAAGACUCUUUUAUCUGAAGGUGCCAUUCCAAUGGGUUCUGUAGCGUGGGAGAAACUUAGAAUCACUCAAGGAAGACCAGCACCAGAGAGAGAACUCAGCAAGGAAUUCAAUGUUUUGGAAGCGGGUCUAUGGAACUCAAUCUCUCUAAACAAAGGAUGUUAUAAGGGGCAGGAGACUAUCGCAAGACUCAUAACAUACGAUGGAAUCAAGCAAAGGUUAUGUGGACUCAACCUCUCUGCACCAGCAGAACCAGGCAGCACCAUCACAUUCGACGGAAAAAAGGUUGGGAAGCUAACGAGCUACACUAAGGGAAGAAAUGGGUCUAGCCAUUUUGGGUUAGGCUACCUCAAGAGACAAGCAGCCUCAUUUGGUAUUGAAGUGACUAUAGGUGAAGACGUUUCCGGGAUAGUAUCUGAAGUCCCUUAUCUAUCUCGGCAACAUCCUCCACCAACCAACCCGAGUUCUUGA